ACUAUGAACCUGACGUCGCUGAGAAGCUCGUUGUUGAAGAGGAAGGCGAAGCGCUCCUUUAGGGACCUCUUCGUCGCCUGCCAGUUGUACAUGGGCUCCCGGUGAAGGCCGAGGACGGGCGGGGAGCCGGACGGGGUAGGAGCGGAGGCUGGGACGUUGGAGAGCGCUGCUGGUGCUCCGCAAUGAGCCGAGUUGGAUGCUGCCUCCUGACCGUCAUGGUUUGACGGCAAUCCGCCACCACUGCUCCCGGUCGCCAUAACGACACACUGUUUUUAAGCGUACUUCUACAGAAACGGCCUCGUUAUUUGCACGCAGACACGCACUCGCCGUAAUGUUUUUGUUGUUAUUCAUUUACGUGGUAUCCAUCGCAGCAGACGCCAUCACUCAUCACUAGCUACCUGCUAGCUACAGAGUCUCCGGAAGUAGCUGCUGAAGCUUUCUUCUUCGCUUGGUGCACAACAGUUCUUAUUCUGGCCAUUUCAGCUCGUUUUAUGCUUAAAAAGAAGACUCCAGUAGAUCCACUUUUUUAUGUGUAUGCAGUGCAUGCAUUCCUCAGUGUGGUGAAUCUGAUCAUUGGACUGGAGCAAGACAACAUCAUUGAUGGAUUUGUGACAUUUUACCUCAAAGAGGCAGAUCCACAUGUCAACACAGCACAUGGGCACAUGAUAUCCUACUGGGAUGGCUGCGUGCACUAUCUCAUGUAUCUGCUCAUGAUUGCUGCAAUAACUUGGGGGGACAAUUACAGAGCUAUUGGACUCUACUGGGUGGGAUCUUUUCUCAUGCGUGCAAUGGUCUACAUUCUUGGGAAUGCUGUGGGAAAGUAUGGGACUCACGUUGGCCCUCUCUUCAUCCUCCAUUUGUUGUACAUCUCAGUGUCGGUGUGGGCUUGCUUCCGCAUCUUUUGUCAGCCUUCUGCACGGGACGUUGAGCUAUCAGACAUCGAGAAGGCUCAGAGGGCAGGCUUGCUCUGCAGACCUGUGGACUUGGUAUUCAUCAUCUACCUCAUUCCAGCGCUGGCUUUCUGUGUGUUCAGAGGCCUGGUUGUUCUUGACUGUUCUAGCAAAUGGUGCCAAGACUACACACAACAGUAUGAGCCAUACCUCAAAGACCCUUCAGCCUACCCUAAAGUACAGAUGCUGGUGAGCAUGCUGUAUUCUGGGCCCUACUACAUCAUUACUCUGUAUGGGCUGUUGGUCCCAGGAUGUGACUGGAUGCCAGACCUGACUCUUGUACACUCGGGAGCAUUGGCACAGGCCCAGUUCUCCCACAUCGGUGCAUCUCUUCACACACGGACACCGUUUUCAUACAGAGUACCUGUGGACAGCCAGCCUGUCUUCUUGCUGGUCAAUGUGCUGUACAUGCUGGUGCCUCAGGCUCUGUGCUACCGCUGCUGCACACAGCCCGCCUUCUUCCUCAGGACAGCGCCAGAGAAGAAAAAUGAAUGACAGACUGUCGGGGGGAAAGAGAGAGUGCCACAGAUGCCAAAGAUGCCUAAAAUAAAGGCCCGAAGAACUCGCAAAUUCCUGCUGUGUUUGCAGUUAUUAGCGGUUGCUAUUUUAGAGAGGAAACUGCCACCUGUAAACUUCAUGGGGCUAUGAGGUGCUAGAAAUGGACAAAAAUGGAAAUUGUGCCAUCUACUGUUUUUGAUCUGCCGCUUUUUAUUGAAAAUCUCUGUGUGUAAAGCAGCAGCAUCCACAUAAGGCACGCACAAUGUUACACUGCAGGCAAUGGUGCGUUAGAGUUGUGUAACAGAUUGAUAUGACUCACAAUAAUCAUUGUUUGGUAUAAAAACAAAACUGUCGUUUGUUGCUGAGAUUUCUGCACAGUGCCUUCUUGGCAAAUAAAUGAAUGUGUCUGUGCCUUUCACAGUAUUUAUUAGCUAAUAGCAAUUUUUUUAAAUUUCUUUUAACUUUUUGUUUUUUUAUUCAGUGUGGUUUCAGUCAGUUUGCAGAGUGGGCUCCCUUGAUUCAGUUUAGUUUUAAUUGUCUUAGUAGUUUCCUUGUUAGUCUGAGUUUCCUUAAUUACAUUUUAAUUAUUAUUGUAUGCCAGGGGCAAAAUUUAGGAAAAUCCUUACAGCUAAUGCAAUGAAAUCUGUAACAAACUAACAAAUACUAAAAUUAAGGAUAUUUUCUAUUAAUUUUUUUCUUUUCCAAGUUCACAAAAUCAUUUAAUUUCAUUUUUUGGUCUAGU